UAUCAGCAUCCUCAGACGCGCGCACCGCUGUGCGUGAGUAACAGCACAUAACCUAUAGAAAUACAUCACAUCAAACACAAGGUUUUUAUAUCUGACUGUCUUUUCUUUGGAUCGCCGCGUGGACCGUUUGAUCAGAUUUGAUGGUUUGAUUCCCAGCGGGGCAUCUGCAGUCUGUGUAUCCGUUGAGGAGAGAGAGAAUAAAGCGAGAUCAUAAUAAAUAUCCGCUUCUACAGUGUCUGUGGAUGGGCUGCGGACAUCUGCAUCUGCAGUCUCUGUUUUUGAGUCACUAAGAAGAUGGCGGACAGGGCAGAGAUGUUUUCUCUCUCCACCUUCCACUCCCUCUCUCCUCCAGGGUGCAGGCCAGCUCAUGACAUCAGUCUGGAGGAGUUUGAUGAUGAAGAUUUGUCUGAGAUCACAGAUGACUGCGGCAUUGGCCUGAACUAUGACUCUGACCCUUAUGAAAAGGACUGUCUGAUUUUGGAAAAGAAUGAUUUCCACCACCCUGUGUGCUCAUUCCAAGACGAUUUUCAAGAGUUUGAGAUGAUUGAUGAUGAAGAUGACGAGGAAGAAGAGGAAGCCGAUCCAGAUGCUCCCUCCUCACCGUCUGCAUCUCCACCCCCUUCCCCUACUCUUGGCACUCUUAAGAGCCGUCCAACGUCUCUAAACCUGACUGCACCUGUUUCACAGGACUCUCUGAACAACAACAGUAACGUGUCGUCACGAAAGUCAAGCUGGCAGGAUUCUCUUCGAAACUCUACUACACAGGGCUGUUUGUCUCCAAACCACUCUUGCCUUGAAGAUGGAUCCCAUGUGACUGCUACUUGUCCAGCGGUUCCAGGCAUCACUGGCUCUGCCAAAGGUACACCCUUAAACCCAUCAGGACAGUGUGGUCUCAAUCAGUCACCUGGCCGACCCCUGCUCUACGACUUUGAGGGCAACAAACGAGAACGACCUGAAUAUGGCUCCUUUGGUCAACAUAACUCAUCUGGUGGCUCCGAGGUCACUGAGGUGAAACCUGAUGUUGAGGAAUCCACCCUAAUCGAGCUUGUCCCUUCGGUGGAUGACUGUACUUCCCAGUGCUCUGACACUGAGGUUGACCAUGACCUGAACGGCCAUGCCAAACAUCGACCUUGCUGCUCUCGACCCACCAAUGACACUUACUCUGUCAUCACGGAGACAGCUGACGACCUCGAGAUGGAAAACGAUGGCACCAGCAGAUGUUUGUCCUCAACUGCACCUCUGGGUAAUGAUGCCGAGACUCCGCUGUCGGACGAGGAGCUGGACAAAGAGUUUGACUUUGACUUCAUGAGCAUGGAGACCUACGAUCAAACCUGCAAGGAAGCUGAGGGCUAUGUGGAGUUUCCCUGCAUCGAACCAACCGAGUCAGUUUCUGUCUCCAGCUACGUAUUGUCCAGUCGAUCAGACAUCCUUGACGCUGUCGGUGAACCUCGAGAUAUGCUUCAGGGUCGGUCUGCUGCUGCUCCUGACGCUGCGAAUGACACAACAUCUCCUUCCUCAGAUCCUGGUAUUGCUGAUAUGAACACCAAGAACUAUGCAGAGUCGGAUCGCCACAGUGAUGAUCUUAGUUCUCCUGGAUCAGACUCUGAUGUUGAAGGUGAACUUGAGGCUGCGUUUGCAUGUGAUGGUCCACGUGCUGGUAACAUGAUUUCAUCCAUCUCAGAGACAGAGCUAGACCUGACCAGUGAAUCCAGCAGUGGACGCUCCUCACACCUCACCAAUUCCAUUGAAGAAGCCAGUUCCCCAACUUCUGACCCAGAACUUGACCAAGAGCUGGACACUGAGCAAGACAGUGGGAUUGUAGGUCUAAAGGCAUCGCUUUUUCUGGGACAACCUGGGCCAAUUAAACAAGACCAUUCACCAGCUCUAGAUUCCAGUCCUUUGGAUGACGGUCAAGCUCUGAUGGGUCUGCAGAACGUAGACGACGAACAGGGUUACGAGCACCAGGCUGAUCCAGAUGAGACUCUUCCCCCUGCUGUCCCCUUUGAGGACAGCAGCUCUCAGCAGUUGUUGCUGAAGAUUGAGCCUGACCACAGUCUCGAAAGCAUCAAACGCUCCUUCUACUUGCCGAUCGACCCCAAACUCAUGCCCACUGCAGAUGACUUCGAUGGCAACAGCGAGGGAGAUUCUGAGUCAGAGUCGGAGGAUGAGCUUAGUGAAAACUCAGACUCUCCUUGGCUUCUCAGCAAUUUGGUCAAUAGGAUGAUCUCGGAAGGUUCGUACCCAAUCAGCUGCCCGGAAGACUGCUUCAAACUCUCAGCCUCCAUCUCUGACACCAUCUCACCCUCAUCUGACCUGGAAACGGAUGCUGAGACAGAUGGAUGCAUUUUCCUAAAUCUGAAAUCUGAAAAGUCAGAGGAGGUGACUUCUGAAAGCGCAAAGGUUACUGAGGACGAAGAGAAAGAGAGAGAAGCCUGCUGUAAUAAUAGCAAGAGAGCAGACUCUUGUCUGUAUAUGAGCAACCUAAAGAAUUACGAAUCUAAAGACUUUGCAUUGGUCAGCAGGAUGAUCUCGGAAGGCUCCUACCCAAUCAGCUGUCCAGAAGAGUGCUUUGAACUCGAUACCCCCAUCUCUGACACCAUCUCGUCCUCAUACGACCUCGAAAUGGAUGCUGAGACAAAUGGCGGCAUUUUCCUAAAUCUGAAAUCUGAAAAGUCACUGGAGACUGAAAGAGCAAAGGCUACUGAUGACGAAGAGAAGGAGAAAGAAGCCUGCUGUAUACAUACCAAGAGAACAGACUCUUAUCUGUAUAUGAGCAACCUAAAGAAUUACGAAUCGGAAGACUUUGCAUCCAACAACUCUUUGAAAAACAAACAAAACCAGGAAGAGGAGGAGCCAAAUAAUGACCUGAUGAUGGAGAGAAUGAAGGAGCUUGACUCUCCCAGCUUGAGCGAGAGCAUCAUCAGCGACAAGGACGAAGGGCGUGAGACGCGGGUCGAUCAACUCACUUUGCAACGAAUCACGGAGGUCAAAAACAGCCUCACACUGGAUCUCCCGACAGCACAGACCAAUCACUGUUUCAGUCUCACGUACUCAACUGAUAAUGAUGACGAUGAACAGGAUACUUCUCCUUUUCUGGACGAUCUUCACAAGGUACCUUCACUCUAUGGAAACAACACUUAUUUGGACAGUUCCCCACCUACUAACGAGAGUGUGCGAGAGUUGAGGAACGCUACCUCUGAGCAUGUGCAUGGGCAGCCAAUCGAUGACUCCUUGGCGUAUGAUUCAAUGAAAUACACCCUUGUGGUAGAUGAAAACACAACGCUUGAGCUGGUGAGCAUGAAGCGCUGCACCUCUGUACUUAGCGAGGACAGCGAUGGACACUCCACUAUCUGUGAUGAAGAGGGGGUUGAUGAAGAUGAAUACAUGUAUGGGCAGGGUAAGAUGGUAGGAGGCAUCAGACCCAAUCUGCUGUUAAGCUCCUCUGAAGAAGACUCCUCCCCUGAGGCAGAUAUGCCUUUCUCCAAGAAGUUCCUCAACGUGUUUGUCAAUGCCACAUCACGGUCCUCCAGCACAGAGUCCUUUGGGCUUUUCUCAUGCACAAUAAAUGGAGAGGAAAGAGACCAGUCUCACAGAGCAGUCUUUAGGUUCAUCCCACGGCAUGCAGAUGAGCUGGAGUUGGAUGUUGAUGAUCCACUCUUCGUUGAGGAAGAAGAGGAUGAUUACUGGUACCGUGGGUACAACAUGCGCACAGGGGCAAGAGGGAUUUUCCCAGCGUACUACGCCCAUGAGGUUGUCGGCCAAACAAAAGACCUGAUGACGAUGAAGAGAAACCCUGCUUGGAUGGAGAGUUUCCGAGUGCAGUUCCUGGGUUCGGUGGAAGUUCCAUAUCACCAAGGCAACGGAAUCCUCUGUGCUGCCAUGCAGAAGAUUGCUAUGGCGAGGAAGAGUACAGUGCAUCUUCAUCCCCCGUCUAUCUGUGAGCUGGAAAUAAGCCUGCAGGGGGUCAAACUCGUCAUGAGUUUGGACGAUGAGUAUGACUUUUUAGGAGAGUUUGACAGAUGUAGUCACUUCUUUCAAAUGAAAAACAUCUCCUUCUGUGGAUGUCAUCCCAAAAACAACUGUUAUUUUGGUUUCAUCACCAAGCACCCGAUGCUGAACAGGUUUGCAUGUCACGUCUUCGUCUCUCAGGACUCAAUGAGACAUGUAGCCGAGUGCGUGGGGCGGGCAUUCCAGGAGUACUACCAGGAGCACUUAGAAUACGCCUGUCCUACCGAGGAUAUCUACCUCGAGUAGAGGAGGAAAAGGGUAACCAUGGCAACUGCUGUCCCUCAUGACAGAUGUCUGUUCCUGGGCUCGGCCACUAGGAGGCACCUGGCAGCCUUUCUCAAAUGUAACAUAGGCCUCAUCUCUAUUCUCUUCCUCAGUCUCUUUUGUUCCCGCGACAUGAACUGAGCUGAAUAAUCUACAUAGGCUCAUAGUGGUCUGUCCAUUGAUUUCAACGUUUCCCGAUUGAUUUAUUCUCUUCAUUGAGAUGGAUUGCUCGUUUAUUGAACUUUUCUACUAUAUAAUUAUAGGGGACAUGGUUUGGGGUGGAUACAUAUUGUUUUUUUUUAUAAAUAUAUAUUCCUGGUUUAGAAAUGGCUAAAUAUGACUUCACAUGUUUGAAUGCAUGGCUUUGAAGGUUAUGCUCACAAACACGUAAAAAUGGCAAAAGCGAAGUGCGAUCAAAGGUUUAAAUCUGUAAGGCCACGAUUGUUUGUAAAUAUGUAUUUGUCUGAUACAUUGCGGUAUUGGGUUUGUACUUAAAAGGACAGGGCAGUAGGACGUGACCUGGAAUCGCCGAUAGGUCUACAGAUUGUCUGUUCUUCUGUAGUAGAAGGUUUACUGUAUGUUUAUGAUUUUACCGCAUUGUAAAUACUGUAUAAUUAGGGACGAUUGUAAGUGAAUACAAAUGCUUCAUUACAUCACAGUAUGUAAGCUUCCUGCACCAUCUGUCUGAGUGGAAGAAUGGGACGGAUUGCAGGUAGGCAGGGUGGUUUAUAUUAUGGGCAAAUUACUCGGAAGCCUGUGAAAAACAUGAGUCUGAUUCAUGUUUCACUCCAAAACCAAAAUGAAAAAAAAAAUGAAGAAAAGAAAAUAUAUUUGGCAUAAAAGCAAGCCCCUUUUUGCACUGUGACAUUAUUUUCAAAAUAAUUAUAAUUUCUCUAAUCUGUCUGAAUGUUUUACUUUUUAGGUUGUUUGGAAAAUUAUUUAGACCAAAAAAAGCAAAAAUCUGGGUUACAGCCAGGGAUGGAUUACCGACCAGGCCAAUGGGGCCAGUGCCCAGGGGCCCUUGACUACCAGGGGGCGCCCUCGGCUUUAAGGUUGCGUGAACCAGUUUGGUGAUCCCCCCCCUCUCGAAAACCCAUCAACAAUGAAAAUGACCCCCCACCUCCCCAACAACAACAACUUUUGGCCAUGAAAAUGAAACCCCCCAACACCCCACACCCACCUCUCCAACAACAACAAAUUUUGGCCUUGAAAAUGAAACUCCCCAACCCACAACCCCCCCC